AAUGCGAUUAUUAUACCUACUGUCGUUAGGCAACACAAUCCUGCGUUCAGAUGUUUAGAGACAGUCUCCUGGACAAUCCUUAAGCAUACGUGUUUAAGGCACGCUUCAGCAUGCUGUUUUCCA